UUAAAGUGUGAGUGCGUGUAAUCCCAUGUUUAAAUGAUAAACGUAUUACUCGAAGCAGGACGCGUCUCUAUUCUUAACUGGAAAAGGAAUUUACUUUGAUAAUGUCAAAAACUAUGGAGAAUGAUGACAAAGGUAGAAGUAAGGAAUUUAUUUUAGACGAUGAAAAUGGCGGGACUUUCAAAGUUCUAGAACUAGAUGGUAUGGUUUUCCCGAUGCCAUAUUUUGAGAAUGAAGAAAGUGUACUGAAACGACUGUCUAUUGUCAAAAAUCUUCAGUACGAAAGUGGAGAUGUGAUGAUAUGUAGCUUUCCUAAAACAGGUUCACAUUGGGUGUCAAAUCUUGUACACUACCUUCUUCACGACGGUCCUUUAGACGAAUUCGAUUCUCAUUCUCCUUGGCUGAUUGAUUAUUAUGACAUUGAAGAUAAAUACAAAAGACGUAAAGAAAGAAUUUUAACAACGCAUUACACACUAAAGCGCCUUCCAACAGAUCAAUUUGCAAAAGGUGGAAAAACUAUUCUUAUCUAUAGGAACCCAAAGGAUUCGGCCGUCUCGAUGUACUAUAUGAUGCGGAAACAAAACAUUGUAGGAAACUUUAAUUUGUCAUGGGACAAAUUUCUUAGUUUCUGGCUUGACGGGAAAAUCAUAUUUGGCUCAUAUUUUGACUUCUACAACCAGUGGCAGCAAGAUCUCGAAAGAAAUCCAAAUUUAGAUAUACUUAUUGUUCAGUACGAAAAACUAAAGAAGGAUUGUUUGAAUGAAGUACGCCGCAUACAGAAUUACCUUGGUUUAAACCUGACAGAAAAGCGUCUUGAAGCUGUAAUUGACAGGUGUUCAUUGAACAAACUGAAAAGCGAUGUAGACACUGGAAAGGUUAAAUCAGAUCUUGUCGACGAUAAAGGAAAGUCUGUUCUAUACAGGAAAGGUAUUAUUGGAGACUGGAAGAAUCACUUUACAGUUGCACAAAAUGAACAAUUUGAGGAAAUAGCAGAGAAGAAAAUGGGAAACAGUAUAUUCAAUUAUAAGCAUGAUGAGACAGGAACGAGUAAGGUAAUAAUUCUUGAGAGCGAAGACGGUGGACAAAUUAAGGUGAUUGACAUCGGUGGAAUUAAGUUUCCCAUGCCCUUUUUCGACAGUGAAGGGGCUGUACUAAAAAGGCUUUCAUUUGUAAAGAAUCUCCAGUAUGAGAGCGGUGAUGUAAUGAUAUGUAGCUAUCCGAAAACAGGAACACACUGGGUAGCCAAUCUCAUAUACUUUCUUCAGCAGCCCGACGGUCCGUUAGAAGAUAAGGUUUCACAUGAUGGAUGGCUAAUAGAUUUAUUUGACAGAAAAGACUCUGAAAAACAUGAAAACAGAAGACUUUUAACAUCACACCUACAUCCAAAACGUCUGCCAAGAGACCAUUUUGCAAACGGCGGAAAAACUAUUCUUGUCUUCAGGAACCCAAAGGACUCAGCCGUCUCGAUGUACUACAUGAUGCGAAAACAGAAAGUUGUUGGUGAUUUCAAUAUAUCAUGGGACAAGUUUCUUAAUUAUUGGCUUGAAGGAAAAAUCUUAUUUGGAUCGUACUUUGAUUACUACAAUAAAUGGCAAGCGGAACUCAAAACUAAUCCAAAAAUGGAUGUCCUUAUUGUUCAGUAUGAAGAUCUAAAAAAGAACAGUUUACACGAGGUUCGCCGUAUACAGAAUUAUCUCGGUACUAAUCACUCAGAUGAGCGUUUACAAGAAGUUAUAAAUAGAUGUUCAAUCGAUUAUUUGAGAAAUGACGUUGAAAGUGGAAAGGUGGAGACAAGUCUAAAAGAUGAUAAAGGAAAGUCGGUGCUUUAUAGGAAAGGUAUCAUUGGUGACUGGAAGAAUCAUUUUACAGUUGCACAAAACGAAGAGUUCGAGAAAAUUACAAAUGAGAAAAUGAAAGACAGUAUAUUUAACUAUAAAGCAUGGAACUGAUUGCAUUUGUAAUCUUCUAUGAACUAAAAGUUAAUUUUAAUAAUAAGCAUACACCAUGUUCAUUGUUAUUUUGAAGAAAAAAAGUUCUAAUCUCAAAAUGUAUAGUAAUAAUCAGAGUUACAUUAAUCCCGUCGUGUUAAUUAUUAAACAACAUGAAAUCUGAAGAUGACAUAUUCUCAAAACUACAGUUAUGUGUCCAUUAAAUUAAUGAUCGACAAGAUAAAAACUGAAUUUG